AUGUCUGAGUGUGAGCAGGUUCGAGUCCAUGCCUUGAGGGCGCCUUUCCCCUCACCCAAGUCCACCCAGCCAGGGGCGCCAGAUGUGUGUGCCCGCGGUCUCGGGGCGUAUGGGGCUGGGGGAGGGAAGGCAGGGAGGCGGGAGACCCAGGCGAGACCUGAACAGCAUCACUCUCCCCAGCUCAGCCUUGAAGCGAGAAUGCAGGUGACCUCAGGCCUCCUCCUCCUCCUGCUGAUGCUGGACUGCGGGCAGCCUCGCGUGUCGAGCCGGAUCGUGGGGGGCCGGAAUGCCCGCGACGGAGAGUGGCCGUGGCAGGCGAGCAUCCAGCACCGCGGGGUGCACGUGUGCGGGGGCUCCUUGGUCGCCCCGCAGUGGGUGCUGACGGCGGCGCACUGCUUCCCCAGGCGGGCGUUGCCGCAGGAAUACCGCGUGCGCCUUGGGGCGCUGCGCCUGGGCCCCACCUCGUCCCGCGCGCUCUCGGCGCCCGUGCGCCGAGUGCUGCUGCCCCCCGACUACUCCGAGGAUGGUGACCGCGGCGACCUGGCGUUGCUGCAGCUGCGUCGCCCUGUGGCCCUGAACGCCCGCAUACAGCCCAUCUGCCUACCCUCACCCGGCGCCCGCCUGCCGUCCGGCACCCCGUGCUGGGUCACCGGAUGGGGCAGCCUGUGGCCCGGAGUUCCACUUCCGGAGUGGCGACCCCUGCAGGGAGUAAGGGUGCCGCUGCUGACCGCACGUGCCUGUGACCGCCUCUAUCACUUGGGCGCCGACGUGCCAAGCUGGGAGCGUAUCGUGCUGCCGGGAAACCUGUGUGCUGGCUAUGUGGAAGGCGGCAAGGACGCCUGCCAGGGAGACUCCGGGGGACCCCUGACCUGCAUGCAAUCUGGGCGCUGGGUCCUGGUGGGCGUGGUGAGCUGGGGCAAAGGUUGUGCCCUGCCCAAUCGCCCAGGGGUCUACACCAAUGUGGCCACUUACAGCCCUUGGAUUCGGGCUCGCCUCAACCUCUGA